AUAAUUUGGCUUGCGAGUGUGUAUGUGUUCUGCAUUAGUGUUUUCAAUCGUAUUAUAUGAAAUAAAUAUGCCCAAAAUUUAAAGAAUUGGCAAAUUGUAUUGUGGAAGUAGCAGUAUGAAUCAAAAAGUCAGCGAGUAAAAAGUAAAGUGGCGAAUUGGUUGCAAUCGGCGUCAUUAGUUGUUAGUUGUACUAAACAGAAAAGUUGCUGUCCGUGUUCGUUGAUUUCUAUAACAUUUUCCGCCAUUUUGAAAAAUACGAGUGUAAAGUUGGAAUUUUUAUGGACGCGUUGCUCCAAAGAGAAUAUAAAACAUUUAAAUUUCCGUGUUCUUUCUAGCAAAACUUAUCUCUAAUUGCCAUAAGAUGUGGAAAUAAUCAUAGGAUGAUGAAAUACUAGUGAUUUGGUGAAAUUCGUUCGGAAUAUUUGUGUAAAAUUAAAAUAGCAUUUUGCUACGUUUCGCUGCUUAAAGUAGCCGCCGCGCAACAAAGAAAAAACUCGAACGAAAAAGUCACACAACACGCAUACACACACCAAAAGGACCAGAAGUGUAAAGCUUAAACAACCAAAAAAAUUUUAAGUUCUUCAAUUUUUUUAUUUCGUGAUUUAUGUCCAAUACUGUCUUAUAAUUUCUCACGGAAGGGAAUAUAAAUUGUGAAAGUUUUCGUAGCUCGGUGCUAACUUUUCUUACGACAGUUCGGUUGCGAGUGCGCUUUUAACAGAUAGUCAUCAUAGUUACUCCGACCGUGAUGAUGAUCUGAUACCAUUCCUAAUAAUGGAGGACACAACAUGAACAAGUUGUUCAAGCGCCAAAAACGAUAACUGUGUGUUAAGCAAAUGCAAUUGGAAGAAGACGCCAAAAACGCCAAUAACCAGAAAAAAGAAAAGUGAACGCCUCAUCAAAACAAGAACAAAAUUCCACAAAAUUACAAAGACUAGGGCGGUGAUAGGCUUCAUUUUACGUUAAAAUAGCAAGCACUUGCAAGAAAACAAAAACGGCAACAAACAACAAAUAGAGCCAAACAACCACAUAAGCCAUAAAAUUGCGAAACAACAAACAACAAAAAAUAUAUUUUGAUUUGAACUUGAAUUCGAAUUCCAAAUCACCACAAGAAGAGCAGAAUAGCAAAAAGGGGAAACUAAAAAAUAAUUGCUACAUCAUCACAUUUGUUUGUUUUAAGAUAGCCGUGUACAUUAUUCCUUUUUUUUUAAAUUUUUCUACUACCACUAAAUGAAUUUAAUUUUUAAGUGUUUGAAAACACAUUAAAAUAUACACGCAUACAAACUAAAAGGACAAGAUAUAUACAUACCUACCUACAGGCACCUAGGUUUUUUUUUUACAACUGGACAACAGCAAAGUGAUAAGCGGGAAAGUAUUUUGUCGGAGGUAAACAAACAAAACAAAAACGCUUAACAGCCAGCUACAUAUAUUUAAGUUACGAACGGACAAAGUAAGAGAGGAGAAAUAGUCGUGUGUCCAGACUUUUUUAAUUCGCCUUUGUUGUCGUCCGUGCCUCCGACGUCGUCGACAUCACCGUUAUGGAUAAGAAUAUGAUGUUGCCCAAACGUUCUCGUUUGGAUGUAAAAGGUCCAUUUGCAAAUGGACCUAUGCAAGCACGGCCGUUGGUAGCAUUGCUAGAUGGACGAGACUGUUCGAUUGAAAUGCCAAUAUUAAAAGAUGUUGCAACUGUGGCGUUUUGUGAUGCUCAGAGCACUUCAGAAAUUCACGAAAAGGUCUUAAAUGAAGCUGUUGGCGCCCUCAUGUGGCACACAAUCAUAUUGACAAAGGAAGAUUUGGAAAAAUUCAAAGCGCUACGCAUUAUUGUCCGAAUUGGCAGUGGUACUGACAAUAUUGAUGUCAAGGCAGCUGGCGAACUAGGAAUUGCAGUUUGCAAUGUACCAGGUUAUGGUGUGGAAGAAGUGGCCGAUACGACAAUGUGUUUGAUAUUAAAUUUAUACCGAAGAACCUACUGGUUAGCGAAUAUGGUGCGUGAAGGCAAAAAGUUUACCGGCCCCGAACAAGUACGAGAAGCUGCACAUGGCUGUGCAAGAAUUCGUGGAGAUACAUUAGGAUUAGUUGGUCUGGGACGCAUUGGCAGUGCAGUUGCAUUGAGGGCAAAAGCAUUUGGCUUCAACGUAAUAUUCUACGAUCCAUACCUACCAGAUGGUAUUGAUAAAUCGUUGGGUCUAACACGCGUUUACACUCUGCAAGAUUUACUAUUCCAAUCAGAUUGUGUCUCGCUGCAUUGUACACUCAAUGAACAUAAUCAUCAUUUAAUAAAUGAGUUCACAAUUAAACAGAUGAGGCCCGGUGCAUUUUUAGUAAACACAGCACGAGGCGGUCUGGUAGAUGACGAAACUUUAGCACUUGCUCUUAAACAAGGUAGAAUAAGAGCCGCAGCACUGGAUGUACAUGAGAAUGAACCCUUCAAUGUAUUCCAAGGCGCCCUUAAAGACGCUCCCAACCUAAUAUGUACACCACAUGCCGCCUUCUUCAGUGAUGCAUCCGCUACAGAGUUGCGCGAAAUGGCUGCUACGGAAAUACGACGAGCCAUUGUCGGUAAUAUACCAGAUGUUUUACGGAAUUGUGUAAACAAAGAAUACUUCAUGAGAACACCAGCUUCAGCCGUUGCUGCAGCGGCUGCGUCAGUUUAUUCAGAAGGAUUAAAUGGCGGAUAUUAUACAGGCGCACUUCAACAGGCUCACAGUACCACAACACCUCAUGAUGCCCCACAUAGUGUAGGAGGCGCUCUAGCACCGCCAACAACUGCUUCAAAUGUCAAUCCAUCGCCAGUACCAACGGUACCGCCGAUACAUGUAUUGCCACAGGUGGGAUUGCAGCUAGGACUUGUGAGUAGUAAAUCGCCCCAGACGGCGCCCGACCCUAAUAAUCAUCAUCCAUCCACAUCUAAGCCAGAGUCAUCGGAGGUUCAAUAGUUCAAAGGCGCCAACGACCCCAGCAAAACCACCACCACCAACACUAACACUACUACAGCAGCCAAUACCUCUUCAUUUCUUUCAAUAACAUUCGAUGGAAAGACACUUUAGAAGUGCCAUUGGAAGAUUAGACGGCCACCAAUGAUCCAGCUAGACAGCCAGCCAGCCAGCCAGCCAGUCAGCCCCCCUUAAGCAGCACAGUGACUUUGUAAACACCAAUUCGGUAACACUCCCAAGCAAACUACUCUUCUACCACCCCUUACAUAGUAUAUGAACAAUAAAAUGCUCAUCCUUUCCACAAUA